CAAGAGACGAGGCGCUAGUACAUCAGAUUCGCCAAGGCUUUCAUCUUCAUCCAGAGGCCAUCGCUUGGCAUCCGGACUUUGGCUCCCAGAACGGCUCAGCACGCCGCCGGUAAUCGCCGCUCCGUCCUCCAAGCCUUGUAAGCCGGUAAUGGCCUCCGGCGUCCGCUCCAAAAAGAAGAGCAUGCCGGACAGCAGCGGCGCCACCGUGCUGGACGACCUGCCGGAGUGGCUCGUCGUCGAGGAGAUCCUGGUCCGGCUGCCGACCAAGGACGUGCUCCGCUGCCGCGCGGUCAAACAGUCGUGGCGCGCGGCCACCUCCACCGACAAGUUCGUCCUCAACCACCACCGCCACCAGCCGUCGCUCCCCAUCUUCCAACACCUGCGGGGCAUCUACUGCCUCGCCGCCGCCGGAGAGCAGAAGAUACGGCACGUCGUCCGGUAUUCCAUGAGGUGCUAUCCACUUUCCUGCGAUGGCCUCCUCAUCCUGUCGCGGCAUGGUCCCGGCUUCUACAUCUGCAACCCGGCCACCCGCAAGUGGGCACCCCUGCCGCCUCCUUCCCUACGGCGCCACGCAUCCUUCGCUACCGUCGCCUUCUACCGGCACCGCGCAUCCGCAGAGCACCGGGUGCUCUGGUCGACGCACUCCCGCUCCUUGACGAGUGACGCCACGGUCGAGCGGCCUGGUUACUUGGUCCUCCCGGUGGGAUCUCACAAGCCGAGAUGCGUCCAAUGGCCGACACAUCUAGGGAAUUUUCCGGCUACCAGGUCCUUUGUCGACCCACCAGUCCACCAUCGUGGUGGCUUGCACUGGGCACUGGGCCUCGGCAUAACGGUGUUCGACACCGACACCGAGACAUUCCGGCAGAUGAGCCGCCCGGCACAGUUGCCGGGCGGCACGGUGUCACUAAUCGAUACCUGCGGCGACCUCGCUUUGUGUCGCGCCGCCGCCGACUUUGUCACUCUAGACGUUUGGAUGCUGCAGGACUACGAUGCCGAGGCAUGGUCCUUUCGAUACCGAAUUGACUUGCGAGCGAUGGAGGCAUCACCGCCGCUUGAUUUGACAGUAAAUUAUUUUGCCCCUAUGAUGGCUGUGGUCAACGAGCGUGAGCUCUUGAUCCAGCAUUGCUCUGACCGUCUGUUGCAUUGCGACAUUGACGGUGUGUUUCUAGGGGAUGUGGAAAUCGGGGAGCAUGGAAGCCUUUCUAGUCGAUUUGCGAACAGUUUGACACUUGCUCGGUAUCACCUCAAGGAGAGCAUGAUUUCACUUCCAUUGUUUGAGAUGCAACGAGAAGAUGCCGUGAACGAGGAUCCUCCGUUCACCAUAGUUCUGUAAGAUGCCGUGCUCCAUCUAUGAUAUUUUGGACUCCUUGCUUGCUGUGCUGCUGGAUUGUCCUAUCCCAUAUGGACCAUGUCUUUUGUUAUUUGUUCUUACUAUUUCGUAGUACAACUGAACUAUUAGGAUGGAAGAAGUAGCGCUUCUGCUGUCAGCAUUUGGUACUUGUUAUGUUGUCUUAAUGUUCUGAACAAUGGAGUAUCUGUGCUAGAGAACUGUUCUACUGUUCGUUCAUGUUUACUCUCAGUUUGUAAUGUUGGAAAGCAUGAAAGGCAGUUGCAGUUUGAAAUGCUAAUUUAUCCAUGAGAAGUUAUGGUACGAUAUUUUGGUUGUUGAAA